UCAGAUGACUUGGAUGGAGGCUAGGACACACUGUAGGUCCAGCUACACAGACCUCGUCAGUGUGAGGAACAGGUCUGAGAAUAACGAAAUCACCUCACUGCUGCCAGACAGAAGCUGGAUUGGUCUCUACAGGACGUCCUGGGUUAACUGGUCUGACGAGACGCCCAGGACCUUCAGUAACUGGCACAAGAAGCAGCCCGUCAACAGUGGGGGGACUAUGAGAACAUGUGUCGUCGUCAACACAACCACAGGGACAUGGUUUAACGCCCGCUGUGAGGCAAGGAAUCAUUUCAUCUGUCAAACGGUGUCUUAUCUACCUACUCAGCACAAAACAACGCUGAAGUUAAAGUUCCGGUCUGAGGCGGACCUGAAUGACCCGGCUGUUCAGCAGCAGAUGUUGGAGCAGCUGCACGCUAAACUGGAGAAACGUGGAUUAUCAGACUUUAAACUCCGCUGGAUUCAGACAGAUGGGCAGACAUUUCACAAGGAAGAGAAGAAGAAGAAAGACAAAGGGUCGUAUGGCUGAGCGAUCACUGCACAGAGGACAUCGUGGCCUUCAACACAUUUACCUGCUGCUGUAACACGAUGUCAAAGUUUCACUACAUAUGUUCUACAUUAUGUAAUGGCUGUGUGUGUCCAUAUGUUUGGUUGCAUGCUGUGUGUACAGUACAUUAUAUUUACAUAUCAUUUGUCUGUGUUGUUGCAUCACUCACAGCUCAUUAUGACAGAUUAUUAUUAGUUAAAAUGCAUGUUUGA